AUGGCUUUUGUCACCCACUUGUUGGCAUGUAUCUUUGGAACUGGUUCCUGGGUUGCCAUCAAUGGACUAUGGGUAGAACUUCCAAUCAUCGUGAAUGAUGUUCCUGAGGGAUGGUACUUACCAUCAUACCUUACUAUCCUCAUCCAAAUGGCCAACAUAGGGCCACUUUUUGUUACUAUAAUGCACAAGGCAAAGCCUGGCUGGUUGAAGGAGGUCGCUGUUAUACACACCAUUAUUAUUCUGGGAAUCGUAGCCUUGUUCCUCUUAGCAUUCUUCUGGAAAGAAACCACAUGGAUUGCAGGGCAGAUGCACAGCACAGGAUUCCUGAUCUUAACCUUUUUCCUGUCACUGGUGGACUGUACUUCAUCAGUGACCUUCCUGCCAUUUAUGAUGCAACUGCAACCCAAAUACAUAACUACAUACUUCAUUGGUGAGGGUCUCAGCGGUCUUAUCCCAGGAUUAUUGUCUCUGGUACAAGGUGUCGGGAUGAUUAAGUGUGUCAACUAUACACGGAAUGAGAAUACAACUCAAGCCUGGCCAAACUCUACAGAUGGUGAUUACUACAUAGAAACCCAGUAUCUUCCAGCCAAUUUCUCAGUUCAAGUCUUCUGGUUUCUUCUGUCGAUUAUGAUGGUCUUCUGCCUGGUGGCCUUUUUCUUCCUAACAAGAGUUUCCAAGGAAGACAGCUCCAAUGUUUCCUUACUUCAAAGUACAGUCACCCUCAAUUCUUACUCAACAACUGAUGUAAAGCUAUCAUGUAACAUGGAGACUUCUGAUACGAAUAAGAGCACAGAAGACAUCAUUCAUGGUAGUGGGGCUUCUUCAGGCUCAGAUAAUACUAAAGUAAAGUAUUCCUGGACUCACUAUGCUCUCAUUUACUUCCUUACUGGAUGGGUGAAUGCUCUCACCAAUGGUGUCCUGCCAUCUGUACAGACAUACUCUUGCAUGCCAUACGGUAACUUGGCUUACCACCUUGCUGCUUCCUUGGGCUCCAUGGCAAACCCUUUGGCUUGUCUAAUUGCCAUGUUCCUACCUAGCAGGUCUCUUCUGAUCCUUGUACUGCUUUCAGUGCUGGGGACAGGAUUCGGGGCUUAUAACAUGAUGACAGCAGUGAUGAGUCCAUGUCCUAUUCUGCAGAACACUAACUGGGGAGUAAUCCUUAUUGUCAUCUCCUGGAUCCUCUUUAUUGGGACGCUCAGUUACGUGAAAGUCAUGAUUGGAGUCAUUCUCCGCAGCCAGGGUCACAGCGCCCUUGUGUGGUGUGGCGCGGUGGUACAGCUAGGAUCCAUGAUCGGGGCCCUUGUCAUGUUCCCGUUGGUAAAUGUGUACAGUUUUUUCAGAUCAGCUGAUCUCUGCAAUAUGAACUGUCCUAGCUAAGUCCCCAGUGAAAGGAGUAGGAUAAAACACUAAAUAUAUCCCUCUGUGUAUGAGAAUGUAGACUACAGAUAGCAAGACAGAUAUAUUUACAUAGUAAAUAAUAUAAUGCCAAAGGGAAAUAUACAAAUAUAGGUGCAAGGAUUAUUUCAGUACUGUGUGCACAAUGCUUUCUAACUUCUAUAUUCCUCAGUUCUGCGGGGGGACAGGGUGGAUAGCACUGCAACAUUGCAGCACUGCAGAGAUAGCUUCAUAACCAACCUUAAAAGCAUGGACUUUUUUACUAGCAUGGAGCUUUUCUACUAACCCUUCUAUGCCCACCGAUCAGAAUUUCACAUUCCAAAAACAUACUUAAAAGGGUUGUGCCCUAAACUACUUUGCACGCUAAAGUUUAUUUUCAUCAAUGACUCUUCCCCCCAUUUUUCCUUGGAUUGUUUUUUUUGUUUUGUUUUUCUUUUCUUCAAAAUUUACCUAGUUUGCAGUUUUCUCUCAUCAUCCAUGCUUGAAUCCUACAUCCUGGUUUGUCAUGUGACUGGUAUCCAUUUGUAACGCCCCAGAGGUGCAUUGCCAACUUUUACACCUCUCCACUAUCUCCUAUGGUUGAUUCAAUGUCAUCAUGUGUAUUUAUUCCAGGUUCAAACACUGUGCAUUUCCUGUUUUGCAACUGUUGUGUGUAAAUGUAGUGUGCAUGGUUCACCAGCAGGUGGCAGCAAGCUUGGCAGGGCUAUUUUGUCUAGAAUGGAGCCCUUCUUUCCAUUCCAGCCCUCUAUAAAAAGGGAGGAGUUUUAAUUAGUGGAGGUCAUUUUAGAGUACCCCCGCUUGGGGAAGGAAGCAGGCCCUCGUCCCUGCUGGACGGGCCCUGCUAAAGUCAGUCUGGAGUGCCCCCUCCAAGGGGAAGGCUGUGUUUCAGCCAGUAGAGCACCAUCAGCUCUGCUGGAUCAGGAGGCCAAAGCAAAGAGCCUCAGAA